GUCCAAAUAUUCAAGAAACAAGAUUAAAUUCAGUUAAACAUCUUUUGAUUUAUGGUAAACAAGUAACAAAUAAUAGUGUUAAUUAUUUUCCAAAUGUUACUCAAUUAACUUUUGAACAUUAUUUCAAAACAUCUUCUGAUGAUCAUUCGAUUCCAAAAACUCUUAAUCGUUUAAUUCCUUUAAAACAACUUACAAAAUUAAAUAUUAAAUCUUAUAAUUUUCCUUUCAUAGUUAUAGUGAAAUUAUUACAUUGUACACCUAAGUUAAUUACAUUAAAAUUUGAUUCAUUUGUAUUAGAUGAAAUUGAUAUGAAAUUACUUGAACAAAGUAAACUUUUUGAAUAUGUAUCAAAUACAAAUACAAUAAAAAAUCUCGAAAUUCGUAAGAAUUGUUUAUUCAAACAAAUUCAAUUAAUUAUUAAUUUAUUUCCAAAAUUAGAAUAUUUUAAAAGUGGAAUAAAUCGAAAAGAAAUUGGAAAUAUUAUUCGAUUUUUAAUAAUAAAACCUAAUAAUAAAAUUCAAAAUUUAUUCUUUUUAUGUAUUUCAGAAACACCAAAAAUAUGUUUAAAAGAAAUAAAUUUAUUAAUUAAAUUAGAAAAUUUACUUAAUGAUUAUUUUAUUAAAUAUGUUAAUCGUGAUUUAUAUUUAUGGUGGUAA